GGCGCUCGGCUCUCUCCGGCCCUCGCUCGCGCGCUCGCCGGCGCUCGGGUCCGCGGCCGCUGCGGCGCCGGGCAUUUCUCCGCAGCUCGGCUCGCGGCCGCGCCCGCCGCCGCCCGGCCCCGCGCCCAUGCAGGCCAUCAAGUGCGUGGUGGUCGGCGACGGCGCCGUGGGGAAGACGUGCCUGCUCAUCAGCUACACGACCAACGCCUUCCCCGGGGAGUACAUCCCCACCGUUUUCGAUAACUACUCAGCCAACGUGAUGGUGGACGGGAAGCCAGUCAACCUGGGGCUGUGGGACACCGCGGGGCAGGAGGACUACGACCGGCUGCGGCCGCUCUCCUAUCCCCAGACCGACGUCUUUCUGAUCUGCUUCUCCCUUGUGAGCCCAGCCUCCUUUGAGAAUGUUCGUGCCAAGUGGUACCCAGAGGUGCGGCACCACUGCCCGCACACGCCCAUCCUCCUGGUGGGCACCAAGCUGGACCUCCGCGACGACAAGGACACCAUCGAGCGGCUUCGGGACAAGAAGCUGGCGCCGAUCACCUACCCCCAGGGCCUGGCCAUGGCCAGGGAGAUCGGUUCUGUCAAGUACUUGGAGUGCUCGGCCCUGACCCAGAGGGGCCUGAAGACCGUGUUCGACGAGGCCAUCCGGGCCGUGCUCUGUCCGCCUCCGGUGAAGAAGCCUGGCAAGAAGUGCACCGUCUUCUAGAGCCCCUGACCUCCGGCCGGGGGGGGGGGGGGGGCGCCCCGGCCCGCGCGCGCCCUGCGUGGAGCUGUCUGGUGUCCCCGAGUCUGCGGUGGGGAGUGGCAUGGGUGGGGAGGGGAAGCAUGGGGA